AUGGCAGACGAAGCCAAAGACAUCGAGAAGCUCUACGAGUACGGCGAAAAGCUCAACGAAGCCAAAGACAAGGGCCAGCAUGUUGAGGAUUAUGAGAAUAUAAUUAAGGCGUCGACAAGCACGAGCAUUAAAGCUAGGCAAUUAGCUGCGCAGCUCAUUCCCAGAUUCUUCAAGUUUUUUCCAGGUCUUUCUGUGAAUGCAGUCGAUGCUCAUCUCGAUUUGUGCGAAGCUGAAGAGCUUGGGAUUCGGGUGCAAGCGAUCCGUGGACUUCCUCUAUUUUGCAAGGAUACACCUGAGCAUCUUUCAAAAAUUGUAGACAUUCUUGCACAACUCCUUACAGCUGAAGAAAAUGUGGAGCGUGAUGCAGUGCAUAAAGCCCUUUUGUCCUUACUAAGGCAGGAUGUGGAAGCUUCAUUGACAGCCCUAUUUAAGCACAUUGAGAGUGUUGAUGAGCCGAUCACGGAUGAAAACCUUCGUGAGAGGACUCUGAUCUUCAUCAGAGAUAAGGUAUUUCCUCUCAAAGCUGAGCUCUUGAAGCCUCAGGAGCAAAUGGAAAGGCAUAUAACUGAUUUGGUCAAAAAAAGUUUGCAAGAUGUGACGGGGGCUGAAUUUAAAAUGUUUAUGGAUUUCUUAAAAAGUCUGAAGAUAUUUGGAGAGAAAGCUCCACCAGAGCGUGUGCAAGAACUUAUUGAAAUCAUUGAAGGUCAAGCUGAUUUAGAUGCACAGUUCGAUGUUUCAGACGGAGAUCACAUUGAUAGAUUGAUAUCAUGCCUUUACAUGGCACUUCCAAUUUUUAUGCAAGGUGCAUCAAAUAGCAAGUUCCUCAACUAUUUGAACAAGAAUAUUUUUCCUGUUUUUGAUAAGCUGCCUGAAGAACGCAAGGUAGACCUGCUGAAAAAUCUUGCAGAAAGUUCACCUUACAUAGCUCCGCAGGAUUCAAGACAGAUUCUUCCCACUGUUGUUCAGCUCUUAAAGAAAUACAUGCCUCUAAGGAAAGCUGGAGAAGAGAUGAACUUCACUUAUGUUGAGUGCUUGUUGUACACAUUUCACCAUUUAGCUCACAAGACUCCAAAUGCCACUAAUAGCGUAUGUGGUUACAAGAUAGUGACUGGCCAACCAUCAGAUAGGCUUGGGGAGGACUUCUCAGAAAAUUACAAAGAGUUCACAGAAAGGUUGAGUUGUGUUGAAGAGCUAGCUAGAGCUACCAUUAAGAAAUUAACUCAGGGAAUGGCUGAGCACAACAAAGCAACGGCUACUACUAAAUCUGAUGAGGCAAAGGCUAGCAUUAAGACGCAAAAGCAGAAUACUACAACUGGGUUGCGAACCUGCAAUAACAUUUUGGCAAUGACACAGCCGCUACAUUUGAAAUCUCCUUCUUUUAUUGGGGAUAAGAGAAUCAAUCUAUCUUGGAAAGAAGCAGCAAAACCUUCUGCACCUUCAACUGCCACAACAACUGGAGGGAAACGUCCUGCUAAUGGUUCUGCCAAUAAUGCAUCAAAAAGGGGUCGUGGAGGUGGUGGUAUGCAAAACCAGCUUGUUAACAGGGCAUUUGAAGGUUUAUCUUAUGAAGGGAGUAGUAGUGCAAGAGGAAGAGGAAGAGGACGAGGCAAAGGCAGAGGCAGAGGUAGGGGGUGGGGUGGACGUGGUAGAGGAAGGGGCUAUCAAUAG